CGUGGCGCGGGGUAAAGCCGUCGGCGCUUUCGGGCACAGCACACGUUCCGUUAGCUUCUCUAUUUUAAAAACUACUUGCUUAACGAUAUCCGGGAAGGGAGCGACCGCAUUGCUGCCGGCCGCACCACUGUCACUCAUUUUGGAUGCAGUCGCGCUGCGUACGCGUCGAUGGUCGCUACGCGCGCCCGCGCCCGCUCUCAUGCUGCACCACACAUAUUUUGAUACUUUAAAACAUAUUUAAUGCGCGUCAACUAAAACUCUCGAUGAACUGAAAACUAAGUGCCUUUUGUGUCUGUGAAGGAUGGAUGUUGCAAGGUGAUAUUUGUGAUACCUGUUAAGAUUAUUAAGUUACCAUGAGCGGGAGGGAAGGCGGAAAUGCAGUUCCCUCUUUGAGUGCGGGUAGUGCGAGCACCAGCGGGGUGGUAGGGGUGACGCGGCGCGGGCGCUGCAAGUGGUUCAACGUGGCUAAGGGAUGGGGGUUCAUCACCCCUGACGACGGUGGCCAGGAUGUCUUUGUUCAUCAGAGUGCAAUCCAAAUGACCGGAUUCCGUUCCCUGGGUGAUGAUGAGGAGGUUGAGUUCGAGUGCAAGGAGUCUGACAAGGGGCUGGAGGCCACGAGGGUAUCGGGGCCCUCCGCCGCCGACUGCCAGGGUUCCCAUCGGAGGCCGCUCUCCAAGAAACGCUUCAGGAAAAUACGUUGCUAUAAUUGUGGUGAAUUCGCCAACCACAUAGCUGCGAAGUGCAGUAUCGGGCCGCAACCAAAGAGAUGUCAUAACUGCAAGAGCGAAGACCAUCUUAUAGCCGACUGCCCUGUGAAGGUUGAGAAGAAAAACGAGCCUCAGUCAAAAAGCUCCGGCAGCUCUCAAGACAGUCAGCAAGGCAGUCCGCAGCAGUCGUAACUGCAUCACUACAAUGGAAGAAAUAAAAAAAGAAACUGAUAUAUAGAGCGGCAUUUAUUAGUUAUUUUAUACUUACGUUAAAUAUCGUUUCUUUAUUUUUCGGAUAAACGAUUGAAUUCUAUGAGACUUAAAUUUUCAUUCCAAUGCCAAAAUUGCCAUUGUAUUCAAAAAAGUAAUCGCUUAAAAACAAACAUGUAAAUUAUGUUAAGCAAUCAUCUUUAUCUACCUCAUUUACCAAGAAGUACAACUAUGCAAGACUGAAUAAUUCACUAAUAAUAAUUUAAAACAAACUUUAAGUACAUAUUAUUGUCUGUAUACUUAAAAUUUACCUCUAUAUUUGCAAAUGUAACGUAAGUACAAACUUUAUGUGUUCGAGUGUCAAUAUCUUAAAUUUACCGUAUAUCGUAUUUACCCAAAGUUAAGUGUGUGUUCAUAUGAUUAUUAUAAUUUUAAAAUUUGUUGCUAUUUUUUGUAAUGUCAAAAUUUGUUAGUUUUAGUAUUACAUACCCAUAUUUAGACAUUAAGUAUUGCAGGCUAUGAACAACUUUAUGGAGAUCGAUGUAGGGUAAUAGAUAUGACAUCAUUUGUCAUUAUUUAAAAAAAUCUUGUGAAAUUUAUUACUUUAUAUCCACUGAUUUUAAAAUGAAGUUGCAGUUCUCAACUCUUUUACUAAAAUAUAAAUAAUUACGAAUAAAUGAAAAUAAUAAAAGAUUAUACUAUAAAAGAAAUAAUUUAUAGUACCUAUGUAUUAAUUAUUUGAAACUGAUAUCCAGUUAAUGACCAUAAAUCCUAAAACUUAUAUAAUAUUAAUACCACACCAUAAAUAUCACCACAAGAAUAGUCAAAAGAAUUUGUUUAUUAGUGAUGUCGAUUUAUCUUCAUGCAUGUUUAUUGAUAUGUCCAUUUAUUUAAUUUUUAAUGUCUGUUUUGCUCUAAUCAGGUUAAUUUUAUUUAAGGUGUAGUUUGUAAAGGGCAAGAUUAAUUUGAAAAUGAGUAGUAAGUACCCAAUAUUCAAUGCAUACAUUAAUGGUUUGUUCACACCAGCACAAGCAAGUAAUUUCCUUUCAAGGUGUAAAGCAGAUUUUUUCAAGGAUCUGUACCGAUUUUCAAUUAUGAGAGGUACUGAUAACAUAAUGGUUAUACACGUUUCUAAAGUUAUUUUUAUUAAAUUUGGCUUCAUUUAUUUUAUUUUGUAUUAAGCUAAUUAAACAAUUCAUGUUGAAAAUACUAAAUGCCAUAAUGUUGAUGAAGUAAAUGUGAGUGAACUACUGUUGACUUAAUGGAAGUGUGCUAGACCGAUUAUAGAUUGCUUCAGGGGUGUUGAGGACGUGCCAAAGCCAAAUAUUUUUUGUUGCAAUAUGGAUAAAUAAAUAAUUUUAAAAUAGGUAUCGUGUUUGCUAUAAUUUUGAAUCAAUUAACUUUUUUACUCUAAAUCUUAAGUUAAUUAUAUAACUCUUAAUCUGGAGCGCAUAGUACAAAUAUAUUUUAGUGAACUGAUGCCAAGUAAAAACGUAAUUUAUGUUUGCUCAAAACCUAUUAAUAAGAUUAAAGUUUAUUUUAAUAAUUUAGGUACUUAAUUUGGGCAACAACAACGUUAAUUCAAGUGAUGUAGGCACUUUUCAAAAAUUUGCUUGAGUAGUAUAAAGAUGUUUUUAUAACACACAUCAAAAAUAGGUCUGUAUGUAAAAUUUUUUUCACACUUAUUUAGAUGGAUAUUUUACUAAUUCAACUGGCUACGUAAAUGAAUAAAUACGUUUUGUUAAUGUAAUAAGUCUCGAGUUGUUUCUGGCAGACCAGACGAAAUCAUUAAAAUAUUUAACGACGUGUAAUAUUUUAUGCAUUUUGUGAAAAUUAAAAAUCUUUAAAUUUAAAGACAAUUCAACAUAAUAUGAUAAAUUAAUGCAGAUUACGUACCACAAAAUUAUUAUGUUGAAGAUAGGUAUUAUUAUCUUACGGGUUUCUUGUGUUUUCUAUUAGAUACAUAAGUAAGUAGUUAUAUGUAAUUAUCUGUAAGUAAGAUUUUAAUGAAAGACUAUUUGGAAACAUCUACCUCAUAAUUUAAUUUCGUUAAAUAGAGUUUAUUGAUAAGUUAAUUAACAUUUUACAAAUUCUAGCAUUUUUAUUAACUGAAAUAUCUUUUGCUAAAUGCCGAAUUCUUAAGGAUUGUAUCUUAUGUUUAGAGUUUAAACUUGUUUUUUUU